UCACCAAAUACAAGUUUAGGAUUUUCGAAAUCCGCCAUAUUCUAGAGACCAAAGAUGACCUAUGGGCUAUAUAUCUAAAUAUAUAUGGGCAUAUGGUCAUUGGUCGCAUUCAAUUUUUGGCGGCAGCCGAAAAUUUUGCGGUACUGGAAAGGAAGGGCCUCCUAACUACCGAAUCCUCAGUAGUCCCAUCUCCAGUGCAGCCCACCAUCCCACCCUCUUUUUUCUAUUUUUCUUUUUGGCGAAAAAGAAGAUCUUUUAAAAUGAGAUGAGGCGAGAUGAGGGCAUGAGAGAUUCCGCACUCACAGUCGCACGGUCAGACUCCACUUCGGGAUCAGCGCCGAGAUGUUGCAGUGGAUGGGGGGAUCGCGUCGGAAAGUAACCACUGUAUGUAUUGUGAUCAGUGAUCUUCUCCCUCGCUCCUUCAGAUUUCCUUUCCUUGAGAGUUCCUCUACGAUGCUUCUGCUGUCCGUGUGUGCUCUAGCUAAACUUCCCUGAGAUUACCUUCCGUGCAAAAUCGACCAUAUUCAUCAGUUCCGUCCAGUAGAUUAGAUCCACUAUUUUCGUUCUAAAGCAUCGAUCCAGUCAUUACAGUUGUGCCGAUAUUCGGAAUUGUCAUUGUUGUGUUGUUCUGAAAACGCGUGCAUUUCCACUGCCCAUGGUCACUCUCGAUGAUUGUGCUGACCGGGGAAAACAACAGUCCAGGAAGUCCACGCAGAAGAGGCAGAAGCAAUACUUUGAGCAAAAGAAAAGGCGACAGCAGCAGACGGCCGGUCUGGACAACUUCGAUGAUGGAAUGGUUAGAUAUGGCGAACAGCAGGAAGAGCGUUGUCGAUCACUGGAUAUCCUCAGCUUUCUAAAUUUUUCAACUAAUCAACAGCAGCAUAGAUCAGGUCAUCCAGAUGAGAUGCCUACUGCACAUGAUCCAACUAUUGCAAGUACGGAUGCUCGUAUAUGCUCCAAGGAGUUGAAGAGAGCAGGUCCUGCAUCUCCACACAAUGUUGAGACUGCAUUUUCUGAAAAGGAUAUCAACAAAGUUGGUUUUGGAGCUCCUGCUGGCCCAGGCAAAAGAAUUGGUGAAGAGAUGGAUCGAUGGGAGAUAUUCCCUGAAGCAAAUAUGUCAGUCCUGGAUCUUCUUGGGGAUGAUGGGUCCAAUCAAAACCCGGAAGUCAAGCAAGUAAAUGAAGAUCACGUGGCUUUCUCAGUAGAUGGUACAGGCUUAGGUAGAGUGGCUACAGAAACACCAAUUCAGUCACGGCACCACCAAAGCAGAACUUUUUCCAAUAGUGUUUUCUCACCAUCAAACAAUCCUAGCGAUUGCAAUUUUUUUGCAGACGGUAGUCAUGCACCAUAUGGAUCCAGAUGUGAAGUGGAUUUAAGUAUUCCAGAUGUUAAUGUAGCCUGCAGCCUCAGUCCAAGAUCUAGCUUUUCACAACAAACUUGGAAUUCAUUCAGCAUUCCUGAGCAGGAGACAUCAGGAUUUUUGGAUAGUUUCGAACAUAAUCUGGAUGUCAGCAGACAAAAGCUUUCAUCUUGUUGUGGGAAAUCCUAUGGCGGCACUGAUAACAUCAGCAAAAAUAUAUGGGAUGCCCCGCGUGUCUCCUCUGAUGAUGAUCUCUCUUAUGGAAAAAGUCGCAAAGUAUCAUCUAUAGACUGUCUGUUCAAAUGGGAUAAUAUAUCUGGUGACUAUACAAGAACACAUCAUCGAAAUCAGGGACCAUUUGACCAUGCUUUUAAUAAUGUUCACUUACUGAAGAAAAGGGAUACUCCUAAAGCUACAGACAACUUCAGCAAGCCAGAAUCUUCUGCACGUAAAUUUUUUGCAGAUAUAGAUCGGUCAUGCACAGUGAUGGAAGAGCCAAAAGAUAGUUUGAGCUCAAAGAGGGGCAACAUGCCCAAUGCUGCUGCCCCCGACGCCGGUUUAAGGCAUCCAGGUAACAAACUUGCCCACGCUGCUUGGCUUGGAACUAACAUGCCUAAAUUAGCGGAUCAUGAAGAGCUGUCAUUUCCAUUCAAAUCAAAAACACACCUGGACUCAAGUGUGCACCUGAAGAAGAAGUUGUUCUAUGAAAGCAAUUGGUUGCAAGGAAGAGCUCUUCCUGUAGAUUCAGAUUUUAGCUCCAUCCAUGGAGCCAGAAAGAAAAGGGCUGCAUGCCCAUGCGUCAGCCCUUGGAAUGUAGAUUCCAUCAAUGCAUAUCGUGAGAUUGACUUCAGUGCAGAUGACCAAUUGCCCUUUGAUCAGUCUGAGCAUUAUCCAGAUUCUGUCAGCUGUCAGCAUUCCAGCCGUUUCAUUUCUGCCACAUUUGGAUGUGACAAGAUAUUCGAACAAUUUAACUACCACAAUUUCCAUUGUCUUCCCAAAGAUGGAUCUGACUCGGCAUUUGAUUCUCUUUAUGCUGAGAUAAAUUACAUGGCUUCAAACUUGUCUCAUGUUGCUGGCUCUGGUGGAGAGAUGUCAAUGAAGGAGAGAGCUGGUGGAGAAAAUGUACCAAAUUUCCUGCCUGAGCAAUUUGAAGAGUUUCAAGUCAAGAGUGAAGCUUUCGGAGCGAAAGAUUGCUUGUCCACUGAGAAUGGACAGUCAGGUGAUGAUCAUGUCUCAGUUGAUAUCAACCAAGUGAAAGAUGAGGCUUCAGGUGCAAUGAGGGAUGUGAAAACAGCUUGUCACGCAGGCUGCAGUGAAAAGAUGUCUUCUGCAGGAAUAUCUACCCGAGAGUUCAAGACCACUGAUCAAAAGAAGUAUCUGGGUGUUGCAGUAACCCCGCGGGGCCAUCAUAUACACGGAGAGAACUGAAGCAAAAUUGGCAGUGGCUCAUUCCACAAGGGGAUGAUGCUUGAAAGCUGUGUCCUUCAACUUUUGUGUGCAGAAAAUAUUGAGGUAGGCGGCCAUGCAGAGUUCCCCAAAGAAGUAAAUAUGAUGAUGAUGAUGAUGCAAAUGGAGAUUCUUAACCGGAACCUGUAUGAGAGGGUCCGGCAUUUCCUUGUUUUAUGCGUCCAUCUGUCUGUAUCCUGUCUCAAUGCGAUGUUUUGGGACACUUUGUAAAUUUGGUGGAGUCAGUCAGGAUGGGGCAAAACCACAAUAUCGACUGCCAUAUGCAGGAAGGGAUACCUUCAGUGGUUUUAAUUUGCACUAGAAAAAUGUUCAUCUCUUGAAUGGUUUAUCCAGCAGAAAACAGGCUUUCGUUCUUUUCCGAUACAGAAAAGGUUUCGUUAAUAAUUUGCUAUAUCCUCGUGCAUCUCUCGUUUGAGGGGCUAGGCUACAUUCGUCAACAUUCUGUUGGUCUCUAGUCCGUAUUGAUACUGAACAGGUUCGCUAAUAUGUGAACAUGUAUGCAUUGAUGAGCAAAUUUCGAUGAAACAUGAGUUGUACCUA